AUGGGAGUUUCAUGGAGUAACAAUAACAGAAGAAGAAGAAGAAGAAACACUUACUUUCAUCCUCAUCCUCAUCCACCACAUCUCCCACCCCCUUACUAUUACCCUCCGCCGCUUCUGCCACCACCACCACAAGGUUACUUUAUUACCUCAACCAACCCUUCUGCUUCUACUUCUACCACCACCAGCUAUGUGGGUCCUCCUCCUCAGUAUUACCCAAAUGGCUACACUGCCAAUUCUGUGAUGCUUCAUCAGCAGCCCUUGUAUGCAAAUGAGGGGGGAAGUGAAAUUCAUGCUUCUCCACCACCCUAUAUUGAUCAUCAAACCACUAAGAAGAUAAGGAACGACGUCAAUUUGCAUAAACACACUUUACGCCUCUAUGUAGAUACUAACAAUCCAGAUCACCACUUGAUUUCCUUUGAUUUCGAUGCCCUCUAUGAUGGCAGCAUUACUAUCUUCUACUUAGCCAAAGAAGAAGAAAAAUGUAGGUUUAUUCCACUAUUUCCUGAUAUGUUUGAGCCAAUCACAUUCCCCUUUCAAAAAGGAGCUGGCCAGAAAUUUUGUCAGCCUUCAGGAACAGGCAUUGACCUAGGCUUUUUUGAGUUGGAUGAUCUUUCUCGACCCUCACCCGGAGAAGAUGUAUUUCCCCUUGUCAUAUGUGCUGAAACUAAUAGUUCUGUAUUAGGUGCAUCCCCUCACAUGCAAAUAACUCAAGCUGUCUUAGAGAAAAGCAAUAGUAUUGGUCCUUUCCAGGUAAAAGUAGUUAGGCAGAUUCUGUGGAUUGAUGAUGUCCGUUAUGAGCUCAGAGAGUUAUAUGGAAUAGGAAGUUCAGAAACACCAGAUUUUGAUGAUAAUGAUCUAGGAAAGGAGUGUGUAAUAUGCAUGACUGAACUCAAGGACACUGCUGUCUUACCCUGCCGACAUAUGUGUAUGUGCAGUGAGUGUGCUAAAGCUUUGCGGUUUCAAUCAAAUAAGUGUCCUAUAUGCCGUCAACCUAUCGAGGAACUUAUAGAGAUCAAGAUAAACAAUGGCAAUCAAUGA